UGACUUCCAGUGUGAAUUCAGGAUGUGGGUAGAUGUCUGGCUGAAAGUGAUUCAAAGGAACAGAGACAGCAUCCAGACAGGAUGGAGAUCACACCGCUCUGCCUCUUGAUCUCAGCCACACUGAUCAUCCAUCCUGACAGAACUCAGUUCUUUCAAUAUGAGUACAUCUCUCUGACCUGCGCAACGCCAGGGAACUCCAACGGCUGGACAGUGAAGAGAAACACUUCCUCUGGGUCGUCUCAUUCAUGUGAGGUCAGCUGGGGUCGCUUAAAUGGGUCCACUUGCACCAUUAGGGGUGUCUGCACGUUAGACAGUGGACUGUACUGGUGUGAGUCUGAGCGUGGGGAGUGCAGCAACGCUAUAAACAUCACAGUGAGCAUUGGUGUUGUGAUCCUGGAGAGUCCUGUACUUCCUGUAACAGAGGGAGAUAAAGUGACCCUUCGCUGUUCCUACAAAGAAAGAUAUGCAGAGAGCUCAACUUCAAAUUUCUCUGCAAAUUUCUACAAAGAUAGUGUUUUCAUCGGGACUCAGCCUGCGGGACAGAUGACCCUCCACACAGUGUCCAAGUCUGACGAAGGCCUUUACAAGUGCAAACAUCCCACAAAAGGAGAAUCACCACAGAGUUUCCUGGCUGUGAGAGUUCAGGACUCAAGCGUCCCUAACACUCCUCCUCUCAGGCUGGUGUGAACCAUCCUACUCUUCAUCCUCUUCAUUGUCAUCUUCAUUGUGUGUAUAUACAUGUACUGAAGGUGGUCUCGAGUGAUUUUACUGGUCAUUAGUCAGACUGUUAACUGACUUUGAUCUGAUCGUCUGAAGUUGCCCUGCUGAAGAGCAACACAGGUUACCAUGGUGAUUGUGAUACCAAGAAACCAGUGAGAGAGAGUCAGCUGACCCACUUGUUGUGAAACAGGAGCUGUGGUUGUGGUUGACAAGGUUAACAGCAAUGGAGCCGGUUGUCACAGCAACAUAGGUAGGAAUCAGGAAGUGAAAGGACAGCAAAGCUAAAAGUUCAUUGUGCAUCAGCGCCCUCUACCAGAACCUCAGGGUCAGUGACAGCUCGUCAAAAUGAUGACAUGCUCGAUCUGAAGCAAAGAAGAGAGCUUCUGAUCAUCUCGAACUGGAGUGAUGACUUCUGUUUCCUGCCUGUUUAUAUGCACACCAACAUUCAUAAUUAUGAUUAUUCUGAUAAUCUCUCAUUGGGAGGGCGGCCUUAAAGAGACAGGAGCUGAAACAGCCUGUUUCAGACUGAGGCUGAACUGAGGAGCUGCAUAACUACUCGAUAGAUCGACUGGCAUAAAAAA